AUGCUUCCGAUAGCGUUACGAACAUCAGCAUUGCGGAGAGGUUCUCUCCUUGCGAUCCCCCGCCGCCUCGGAACUACACGCUAUUCCAGCUCAUCAUCGUCAACCUCAGCGCUUGCAUAUAAGGCCCUACACCGAAGGGUAGCACCAUUGCCAACCACGGAAACAGCACCGUGGGAUGCUUCCACCGCUGUUUCGUCUAUUCUUUACGAAACACCACUUCCUAGUGUGGCACCUCCCAAACGCCACAUUCUCAAUUGCUUGGUCCAGAACGAACCCGGGGUUCUAUCACGAGUGUCGGGAAUUCUCGCUGCUCGCGGCUUCAACAUUGACUCGUUGGUUGUCUGCAAUACUGAAGUUGAAGACCUGUCUCGAAUGACAAUUGUGCUAGGUGGUCAGGAUGGAGUUGUUGAGCAGGCAAGAAGGCAGCUCGAAGACCUAGUCCCCGUUUGGGCUGUCCUAGAUUACACAACCUCACCCUUAGUCCAAAGAGAGCUUCUUCUUGCCAAAGUGUCGAUUCUCGGGCCCGAAUACGUCGAAGAACUUCGUGCUCAUCAUCGAGAAAUGACAUCUGAACAGCCGGCUGGUAGCGUCCGGCAAGACGAAGCAAGUGAUUUCCAUCCAGCAAAACUCCCAGCAUCGCAGGCAUUGAGACAUAAGAUGGAGCAUCUGGACGCUGUCACUCACCUCACACAUCAAUUUGGCGGCAAAGUUCUAGAUAUUAGUACCAGCAAUGUCAUAGUGGAAGUAUCUGCCAAACCCGCCAGAAUCGAUGCAUUCAUGAAACUAAUUGCACCAUUCGGAAUUCUUGAAUCGGCCCGCACUGGCUUAAUGGCAUUACCUCGUUCUCCUCUUGAGGGCCACGAAAAGGAUUCAGAGGCACCGAAGGAUGCUGCUGAUGUUGUCGACGUCAGCUCCCUUCCUCCUGGUUAA